UUUAAAACUACUUUCACCCCUGUAACAAUGAAUACAAUACAAUAAAUUAUUUUAUCUUUUUAUUAGUCGGCACUUAAAAGGACUCAAUUUCCCAUAAAUCCUUGGGUCUUGCCGGUUUUCCUGCUGUGACGUAUUUGGAAGUUAGCUUCCAAAUACGUCUGUAAAUACCCAUAGGUCUAAACAGCGGAAGGUUGCGUUUGAGUUUGAAGUUUAAACAUUUAAACUUAUCAACGUAGCUCAAGCCGAAGACUUUGGGGACUUAAGGACUGCCAUUUUACUAUGUUUUGUGAAAUAUUUCAACAUAUGAGCUGACAGCCACAAGGUUAGCUGUUUUGGACUUACUCGGCUCCUUUUGAGACGGCAACCCAAUGGUAGAAUGCUGUCUGUUCAAACUGCCUCUGUUUUGUUAAGCUUUGCACCCCUGUUGGUGCUUAGUGUUCCUCCUAUUUGGACCCAACCAGAGCAGGUGCAUCUCUCCUAUGCAGGAGUGCUGGGCUCCAUGGUGGUGACCUGGACCACAUUUAAUAAGACAGACAGCAAGGUGGAAUAUGGUCUUCAGGGGCGUCGAUUCUUCGAGAUGAGUGCCGAAGGAGAUGCUACUGUUUUUGUGGACUCAGGAGAGGAGAAGCGGAAGAUGUUCAUCCACAGAGUCACCCUCACAGGCCUCAAACCAGCUGCUACAUAUGUCUACCAUUGUGGCAGUGAUGAAGGCUGGAGUGACAUAUUCUCCUUCACCGCACUCAACAGUAGCUCCAGUUUCAGUCCCAGGUUUGCUCUCUAUGGUGAUCUGGGCAACGAGAACCCCCAGUCGCUGGCUCGACUGCAAAAGGAGACUCAGCUUGGCAUGUAUGAUGUCAUCCUGCACAUAGGGGACUUUGCCUACGAUAUGCAUGAGGACAAUGCCCGAAUUGGAGAUGAGUUUAUGAGGCAGAUUCAGUCCAUCGCCGCCUAUGUUCCCUACAUGACCUGUCCAGGCAACCAUGAAUCUACAUACAACUUUUCGAACUACAGGAAUCGCUUCAGCAUGCCGGGUCAGACUGAGAGCCUGUGGUACAGCUGGAACCUGGGGUCAGCACACAUCAUCUCCUUCUCCACAGAGGUUUACUUCUACCUUGAAUAUGGCAUGGAUCUUAUCUUUAAGCAGUACAAUUGGCUGAAGCAAGAUCUGGAGGAAGCCAACAAACCGGAUAACAGAGCAGUACAUCCAUGGAUCAUCACCAUGGGACACAGACCCAUGUACUGCUCUGAUGAUGACCAGGAUGACUGCACAAAGUUUGACUCUUGGGUCCGAGUGGGACGUAAUGACAUCAAACCACCAGCCCCUGGUCUCGAGGAUCUAUUUUACCACUAUGGGGUAGAUGUUGAGCUGUGGGCACACGAGCACACCUAUGAACGACUCUGGCCUGUGUACGGUGACAAGGUGUACAAUGGAAGCAAAGAGCAGCCCUAUGUAAACCCAAAGGCUCCAGUACAUAUUAUAACAGGCUCUGCUGGCUGCAGAGAGAGAACUGACAGGUUUAAUCCAAACCCCAAAGAGUGGAGCGCUUUCCGCAGCACUGACUAUGGCUACAGCCGCAUGCAAGUGGUUAACACCACCCACAUUUAUUUGGAGCAGGUCUCUGAUGACCAGUAUGGCAAAGUGAUUGACAGCAUAUGGGUGGUGAAAGAAAAGCACGGUUUCUCUGCCUGGCUGUGAGGACCUUCCUUAAAGAAAAAAAAAGAACUGCUUACAGAAGCACUUUACCUUUCAGACAAGCAAUCAUGCAGUGAUAUAUUUUGUUAUUUUAUGUAAUUUUGAAGUUCAUCAGCUGUGAAAUCAACAUAUAAUAAUCUAAUGUAAAUGUAUGUAAUGGGGACCUUGACGUAUAGCUUGCAAACACAAUGUGAAGCCCUCACAUUUGAAUAAAUGUGUUGUUGUUUUUGUUAA